AUGUCCUCCCCCUCCCCUCCCGACGGCGGCCCUCUCCAAAGGCACCAAACUCCCCCAAACACAGGCUCCCCUGACGCUGUUUCCAGCUCUCCGUCCCCCCCAACAACAUCCUCUCCCCCUCCGGAGAAGACAACUACCAACGAAAAGCGUACACCUUCUCUCCCCUUGCACAAAGGUGACCUUCCGGACCAUGAAGACACAGCCAACCUCAGUUUCACCCAACGCCUCCUGCGUGCCUUUCAAGUCCGUUCCUCCGGUGAGUCUGGCCGCACGGGCAUUCACCCUCUGCACUUCCUGCGCAUCAUCUUCCGCUCUGCGUCAUGGGCUUCGCGCGCGGUAAACAUCCUCUGGCCCGUGGUGCCGGCCGCCAUUGCGCUGCGGUAUGCCAGUCCGGAUAGUCACCUGGCGAUAUUUGGGGUUGGGGUUAGUAUGGGCGGUAUCGUCGAGAUCAUCAUGUUCAUCGCGCUCAUCACGCGCGAGAACACGGCCAGCGUGGACUAUGUCCAGGUCAUCCAGGCUGCUAUCCUCGGCUCGGUGCUGGCAACCAUGCUACUGUGUCUUGGGCUGUGCUUUAUCGCCGGCGGGAUUAAGCGUGAGGAGACACACUUCAGUGAGGCCGUCAGCGAGGCAGGAAGCGGCCUGUUGCUUACCGCUGGCUUCGGCCUCGCCGUCCCAACCGUCUUCGAGCACUCCCUCUCAGGCAAAAUCACCGACACGGACGAGCUCCUCUCCAAAACAAUUGACAUCUCCCGCAGCACCGCCAUCCUCCUGAUCGUUGCCUACUUCGUCUACAUCUUCUUCCAAGCGCGCACCCACCACGGCAUCUACGACGCCGUCUUUCACGACGACGAGCAGCGCGACGACGACCGUCACAAAGAGUCCGCUAAGCAUCGGUUGACGCUCACAGAGUGCUGCAUCGCGCUGGCCGUAUCGAUUACCCUCGUGACGAUCAUCGCUAUUGCGCUGGUCGAUCAAAUCCACUAUAUCGUCGAGGAGAGACAUGUGUCGGAUGCCUUCGUCGGUCUGAUCUUGGUCCCGCUGGUCGAGAAGGCGGCGGAGCAUUUGACCGCUGUCGACGAGGCGUAUGAUAACCAGAUGAACUUUGCGCUGUCCCACGUGCUGGGUGCCACAUUACAGACUGCCCUCUUCAACGCCCCCUUCGCCGUGCUUGUCGGCUGGGGGCUGGACAAGCCGAUGGGGUUGAACUUCGAAGUGUUCGAUCUGGUGGUAUUGCUGUUGGCGAUUAUCACCGUAGGGAAUUUCCUGAGGGAUCAGAAGAGUAAUUAUCUCGAAGGUGUGCUGUGUGUGAUUGUGUAUAUCUCGAUUGCGGUGGCGGCGAUUCAUUAUCCGAAUCCGCAUGAGAUUAAUGGGGCUCAUGGGGCGACGACAGCGACGGGGGAGCAUCAUUAG